UUCUCCUCCUCUGUCUCUAAAAGGGACAAUCUUCUUUCCUGAAGACACGACAAUCACUGCAAAUAUGAGAUCCGUAAUGACAGGAUACUACAGGCUCUUUACACCGCUCCGCUGCCCUGCAGUGUCUUGCAGAUAUUUAUCGAGCAAUGAGCUGACAAUGCCCCCCUGUGACUUUGUACCCGAAAAGUAUGAGUCUCUUCCCUAUGACCACGUGGUAGAGGUCCGCAAGAAGAACCUAUCGGCAGUACUAUUAACAUAUUACAAGAAGCCCCUCCUGCUGCACCAAGGGCACAUGCAGUGGUUAUUUGAUCAUGAAGGACGUCGCUACCUUGACCUCUUCGGAGGAAUUGUGACCGUUAGUGUUGGACAUUGUCACCCGAAGGUCACAGAAGCAGCUAAGAAGCAGCUGGAUCGUCUCUGGCACACAACAAACAUCUACCUCCAUUCUCCACUCCACGAAUAUGCCGAGAAACUGACCAGUCGGCUGCCAGGGAAGCUGAAGGUUCUGUAUCUGACCAACAGUGGAUCAGAGGCCAAUGACCUUGCCUUGUAUAUGGCAAGAAUAUACACUGGCAACUAUGACAUCAUCAGUUUAAGGAACGGAUACCACGGUGCCAGUCCUUACGCCCUGGGGGCGACAGCCAUCUCCGCUUACAAACCUGGAGUGGCCAAUGGUUUUGGGUGUCAUACGACAAUGUGUCCUGAUGUAUUUCAAGGUAUAUGGGGAGGAAGCAAUUGCCGAGAUUCCCCUAUUCAAACCACGCGGAGCUGCUCCUGUUCUCCUGGCACCUGUGAAGCAAAAGAUAGAUAUAUCGAACAGUUAAAGGAUACCCUGAACACCAGCACAGCCAAGAGGAUAGCCGGAUUUAUAGCUGAACCUAUCAUGGGCGUUGGAGGAGUCAUUCAGUAUCCCAAAGGAUUUCUAAAAGAUGCAUACGAGCUUGUACGAGAAAGAGGAGGGUUAUGUAUAGCGGAUGAGGUCCAGACUGGUUUCGCAAGAACUGGAAGCCAUUAUUGGGGAUUUCAGAGUCAUGAGGUUAUGCCUGAUAUCGUGACCAUGGCCAAGGGGAUUGGUAAUGGGUUUCCAAUGGCUGCUGUGGUGACAACAGAAGAGAUUUCCACCUCCUUCAAUCGCGCUCUUCAUUUCAACACCUUUGGCGGGAAUCCCAUUGCAUGUGCGGUUGGCUCAGCGGUCCUCGAUGUGAUUGACGAAGACGGUCUACAGGACAACUGCAGGACGGUGGGGAGCCAUUUCCUGCAGGAACUUUCCAAGCUUCGGGAUAAGUUUGAAAUUGUUGGAGACGUUCGUGGGAAAGGACUGAUGAUCGGGGUGGAGCUGGUGACUGAUAAGAAAACACGGCGACCACUCCCUGCAGAAGAGCUGAACAUUAUAUGGGAGUACUGCAGAGAAAACGGGGUGCUGGUCGGAAAAGGAGGACUUUACAGUAAUAGUUUCCGUAUCAAGCCUCCAAUGUGUAUCAGGAAGGAAGACGCAGAUUUUGCGGUGGCGGUGUUAGAGGCAGCAUUAACUAAAUACCUGGACGGAGCAGCCAGAUGAAACUAUAGACGCCACAGCUGUACCGUACUGACCACAGGAGGAAAAUGACAAAUUUCAAUGGAUUUGGAUAAUAAACAGGACUACUGUGUAAAGUGACGCCGUCCGCUCCGCGUCAGGAGGACCAGCCGCCUCAUUAUAUAAUUACUCUGUAAUUGUGCCAAAAUAAAUGUUAUAUUAUUAUGCCUUUC